AUGAAGAAAUUUCAUGAGGAUGCAGCUACUUCAGAUUUAGUUGAGCCUACUAGGUAUAGACAAUUAAUUGGCUCUUUAAUGUACUUGGUUAACACAAGGCCUGAUAUAUGCUAUGCAGUUAAUACCUUGAGUCAGUUCAUGUGUGAACCAAGGCAUAUUCAUCUUGUGGCAGCCAAACAUAUAUUGAGAUAUGUACAUGGUACAAUUGCACUUGGCUUAAAAUUUUCUUCAUGUGUAGAGCUGAACUUGCAAGGGUUUUCUGAUUCAGACUGGGCAGGUUGUGUGAAUGACAGAAAAAGCACUUCAGGUUGUUGUUUUAGUCUAGGUUCAGCUAUGAUAUCCUGGUGCAGCAGCAAACAAUCUUGUGUUGCACAAAGUAUAGCUGAAGCUGAAUAUGUUGCAGCUUGUGUGGCUUCGGAAAUUACUUGCAGGCUUGUUUGGAUAGCCUUUGGAACCUACUGUGAUUAUGUGUGA